GCUCGGUGGGGUCAUUCAGGCGCAGGCGCAGUGCGGUGUUUGUCUGCCCUGGACUGACGGGCGGCAGGGCGGUGAGCGGCGGUGGCGGCGGCGGGGAAGAUGGCGGCGUCCUCCCUGGAGCAAAAGCUGUCCCGCCUAGAAGCCAAGCUGAAGCAGGAGAACCGCGAGGCCCGGAGGAGGAUCGACCUCAACCUGGAUAUCAGCCCCCAGCGGCCCAGGCCCACCCUGCAGCUCCCACUGGCCAACGAUGGGGGCAGCCGCUCACCGUCCUCAGAGAGUUCCCCACAACAUCCUACACCCCCUGCACGGCCCCGCCACAUGCUGGGGCUCCCAUCAACCUUGUUCACACCUCGCAGCAUGGAGAGCAUUGAGAUCGACCAGAAACUGCAGGAGAUCAUGAAGCAGACUGGCUAUCUGACCAUUGGGGGCCAGGUACUGCCUCCCUUUAACUUGGCACCCCAUGGGGCCAUGAUAGGACCCAGCCAGGCUGCAGGGGUAGAGGGUGGGAGCAAGGGCUCUGGGGACCCUCUAGCCCCUUGGCUUCCCCCCCAGCGCUACCAGGCGGAAAUCAACGACUUGGAGAACUUGGGUGAGAUGGGCAGUGGCACCUGUGGCCAGGUGUGGAAGAUGCGCUUCCGGAAGACAGGCCAUGUCAUUGCUGUCAAGCAAAUGCGGCGCUCUGGAAACAAGGAAGAGAACAAGCGCAUACUGAUGGACCUGGAUGUGGUGCUUAAGAGCCAUGACUGCCCCUACAUCGUUCAGUGCUUUGGCACCUUCAUUACCAACACGGAUGUCUUCAUUGCCAUGGAGCUCAUGGGCACAUGUGCAGAGAAGCUGAAGAAGCGGAUGCAGGGUCCUAUCCCUGAGCGAAUCCUUGGCAAGAUGACCGUGGCGAUUGUGAAAGCCCUGUACUACUUGAAAGAAAAGCAUGGUGUCAUUCAUCGUGAUGUCAAACCCUCCAACAUCCUGCUGGACGAGCGGGGCCAGAUCAAGCUCUGUGACUUUGGCAUCAGCGGCCGACUUGUAGACUCCAAAGCUAAAACAAGGAGUGCUGGCUGCGCCGCCUACAUGGCUCCUGAGCGCAUUGACCCCCCAGACCCCACCAAACCUGACUAUGACAUCCGAGCCGAUGUGUGGAGCCUGGGCAUCUCAUUGGUAGAGCUGGCCACGGGACAGUUUCCCUACAAAAACUGCAAGACAGAUUUUGAGGUCCUCACCAAAGUCCUACAGGAAGAGCCCCCCCUCCUGCCUGGUCACAUGGGCUUCUCAGGGGACUUCCAAUCAUUCGUCAAAGACUGCCUUACUAAAGAUCACAGGAAGAGACCAAAGUAUAAUAAGCUACUUGAACACAGCUUCAUCAAGCGCUAUGAGACGCUCGAGGUGGAUGUGGCGUCCUGGUUCAAGGACGUUAUGGCAAAGACUGAGUCGCCAAGAACUAGUGGAGUCCUGAGCCAACACCACCUGCCCUUCUUCAGGUAGCCUCGUGGCAGCGGCCAGUCCCAACAGGGGGCCAGGGGCAUGGCCCACAUGUCCCCUUUUCCCACCUGGCCACCCAGCUGCCCAUCAUGGGUGACCUGGGACCUGGACGCCUGCUGAGGGCUGAGGACAGAAAGUAGGGGGCGCCCACCCACCUCUGAUGCCCUGCCCACCAGCCGUGGACGGACAGGCCUGCUGGGCCCUGGCCUUCCCACUCUGGGGUCAGCCGACCAUGAGAAUCCCCCGACAGACACUGUGAACAGAAGACAGCAGGCCAUGAGCAGACUUGCUAUUUAUUCAGAUAUAACCUCUGGGCUAGAAUGGCCCCCAGGGGCCAAGAGAGAGCCCCCUUGUCGUCCCCCCCACAACUCCAGCGUCUACCCCUUCCACUUCUCAUGCACAUGCUCGCUCUGAUUCCCUCUGUACCUCUGGCCCUAUCUGUUUUUUUCCUGUCUCCCUCCUAGACUCUGCCUCUCUUCUGCCCCCAGCCUGGACUGGCCACCCCUACCCCUCAGUAGAAGCCCUGGCCAGACCAGGCCUCUCCAAGUCCUAGCCCCAGGAUGACUGUUGGGGCAUUGGGACUGCAGUCAGACUGGGGCUGCUGUCUCUUUCUCUUUGAUCUCAGGGGGUCCUUUUUGGAGUUUAUUGUAUUUUAUUGUACUUGGGAUGUUUUGGGGGGUGGGGGAGAAGAGCUUGUUAUCAUGGGGUGUGUCAGUACCUUCAGAAACUUUUACCAAAGUCAUGUUUAGCUGCUUGUGGUGCCCCCCCCCCAUUGCCCUCAGGCCUUGGGGGUCUGGACUGCUUGCUGCUCUUUUUCAGCCCUGGCCAAGGAGAGGUCCAAAGCCUGGGAGAGACCAGGCUCAAUUGGGAGCUCCUCCACACACAGGGCUGGGGACCGGUUAUAGCUUGGGGGUGAGUUGAAGAGCUCAGGUGGUACAUAGGGAGACUAAGGGGCCUCAGCCACACAGAUGACCUUUGGGGAAGGUGGAUGAGGAGUGUGGUAGAACAGGAGGCAGGGAAGUGUUCAGAGGAACUCAACGACAGGGGUGGGGCCAGGAGAAGGAAGGAGGGCGGAGGGCAUGCAGGGGAGUCAGGGAUUGAGGUUGAAGGGAGUAGAUGCAGAGGUCUGAGCAUGUGUGACAGGGACAGGAGGGACAGGUUUGAUUGAGUAGAAGGGAGGCCAGGUGGGGGCAUCAGAGUGUGAGGUGGCUUUUUCCCCAUUGUGCCCCUGAGCGUCUUUCAGCUCACCCAGAGUUGGCCAGCCCCAGCACAUCUUGAGGCCUGGACUGGGCAGGAUCAGGAAUCUGUCCCAGUGCCCUGCAGUGACCAGGGAAGGGUGGGGUAUGUUUCUUUUUUGGUGAUGCAUGCAAAUCAAAUGGACAAGAGAACAAUGUAAUGAAACAAAACAAAA